AUGGCACCCGCAGCAACCGCGAAGUAUAACUGGAUCCUGGCCAUCACCACCAUCGCAUUCGUCUUCAGUGCCUUCGGUAACGGUGCCAACGAUGUCGCCAAUUCGUAUGCCACCUCCGUCGCGGCCCAGACUCUCAACAUGGCCACGGCCGGUGUCCUGGCUGUCUUCACCGAGUUCAUCGGUGCAGUAGCCAUGGGUAAACGAGUCAGCGAUACGAUCAAGAACGGAAUCAUCGGAAUCGAGCGAUUCGAUGGAAAGCCUGGUGCGCUCAUGUUGGCCAUGGGCUGUGCCGAAAUUGGCAGUGCUACGUGGUUGAUGUUCGCCACCGGCAUGGGAUGGCCUGUCUCGACAACGCAGACCAUCGUCGGUGCCCUCAUUGGUGUUGGUUUUGCCUCCCAGGCUGAGAUUAAGUGGGCAUGGACCAAAGGCAGUGUGUCACAGGUCGCUGCAUCUUGGGGUAUUGCCCCUCUCAUCGCAGCUGCAUUCUCAGCUAUCAUCUUCGGUACUCUCAAGUACAGUGUCCUCGAACGUCAGGAUUCUUUCAAGUGGGGCAUGCGCAUGAUUCCAGUCUACCUUGCCUUUACCGGAGCCGUCCUCGCCCUCUUCAUCGUCAUCGAAGCCCCUACAGCCCCCUCUCUGGAAGAGUUUGGCACCGGCAAGGCGGUCGGUAUCAUUUUGGGCGUGUUCUUCGGCUGUCUCCUUAUUGCCUAUGUCUUCUUCAGGCCAUACUUCGUCCGCCGUCUCGUCCGAAAUGACACCCGCAUCAGGUUCUGGCACCUCCCUCUCGGUCCCCUCCUGCUGUCGGAAAACCCGCCCCUAUACUUCCCUGGAAAGGGCGAUCAGGUCGUGGCCAACUACUACGAAGAUGCAUACGGUGAAGUGCUGGCCGGCCACAAGAACGAAGAGAAGGAAAAGGCCACAUCUAAUGCCGACUCUGUAUUGCCUACUCCCGAGAUUACAGCGAUGUCCAAUUCGUCGCACGUCGGUGAGGACGAGGAGAAGAUCACACCGCAGGCCGAGCCACGGAAGAAGCGCCUUGAACCCACUGAACGUUUCAUCGACCCUGUCCGCGACCUCUCCUGGGCAAACCCCCGAAAGGCCUGGGGUUAUCUUAAGUACCUUUUCCUUCAGGGUGUGACGCGUGAUGUGGUUACACACGACUCGGCUCACCUGCGGGCAAUCCACGCACGUGCCAACCGGUAUGACGACCGCGUCGAACAUCUCUGGACAUACUGCCAAGUUGUGUCGGCUAUUAUGAUGUCUAUUGCCCACGGUUCGAAUGAUGUGGCCAACGCUGUUGGUCCUUGGGCUGCUGUGUACAGCACAUUCAACUCUGGAUUUGUCAACACCAAGGCACCCACUCCGGUCUGGUUCUUGGUUGUUGCUGGUCUGCUGCUCGGUAUUGGAUUCUGGUUCUACGGUUACCACAUCGUUCGUGCGCUUGGAAACAAGAUUACGCAGAUGUCCCCCACCCGUGGUUUCAGUGUUGAGCUUGGAGCGGCUAUCACCGUCAUGUUGGCUUCCAGACUUGGCUUGCCCGUCUCCACCACCCAGUGCUUGACUGGUGCUUCUAUGGGUGUCGCUCUCAUGAACUACGAUCUUGGCGCCGUCAACUGGAGGCAGCUUGCCUUUAUCUUUGGUGGAUGGGUCUUGACUUUGCCUUGUGCUGGAUUGAUCUCGGGUCUCCUUUGUGUGAUGGCAUUGAAUGCUCCUCACCUGUAG